AUGGGUUGGACCAUCGACCCUGCCAACCAUGAGGGCAAGGCUUUCAUCGGCAUCAUCAUCUUGCUGCUGAUCUUGGAUUUCUGCCUUCUCGUUUCCCGUCUUGUCAUCCGUGCCAAACACUCUGAUUUAAGCGACUAUGUCUUGAUUUUCGGAUUCUUGGCGACAAUCGGCCUCGUGGUGGCCAUGUACGAUACCUAUGCCCACGGCUAUGGCAUGACCACGAGCCACUUUACACUGGGGGAUCUGAAUGAGUCCUGGAAGCUCUUCGCGCCCACGGAAAUCCUCUGGAACGCAGGGACGACCUCGAUCCGAAUCUCCAUGAUGCUCUUCUACCAGCAACUGUUCCACCCGGUGCGCACCUUCUGCAAGCUCACUAUGGUCCUGAUUGGAAUCAACAUCGCCAACUUCAUCACUGUCUUCAUCAUCGCCUUGUCCAUCUGCCAGCCCAUGUCGUACGUCUUCCUCCGCGUGGGCAAGGGGCACUGCGGCAAUGCCAUGGCCUACGAGACCUACACGGCGGCGUCGGCCAUCCUCUUCGAUGGUCUGGUAGUUGUGCUCCCCAUGCCCCUGCUGUGGCGGCUGCAGAUCAAAACCAGCAAGAAAUGGGGGCUCAGCCUCGUGCUCGGGCUGGGUGUCGUGGUCUGCACGCUGACGGUCGUGCGGCUCAUCGCCUCGUACGUUUAUAUGGCGGACGACCUGCCCAAGCAGAACGCCCUGGUCGAUUUCAUUACGGGGCUCGAGCCUACCCUGGGCAUCCUGAUUGCGUGCCUCCCUUUCCUGCCGCAGGUCUCCUCGCGGCUUCGUCGUCGCUACAACUCGACCUUUGGCUCACAGGCGACUGGGUCCAAAGAUACGAGCCACAAUACCGGGGUGUCGUCUGCCGCGCGUCCGUUCAACCGACUGCAGGACACCGAGUUGCUGCAGACGGGGGGUCGGUCGGGCAAUCACCGUGCAGAGGCAGUACGGUCGGAUAGUUUCAGCGAGGACCUGGAGUCCGCUAACAUGAGCGAUCUGAAGGGGUCUACCUCUCCCACAAGGACAAGAAGUAUCCUUGUGUCUUCAAAGUUUGUGGUACGAGAGGAUGAGAGCAGCCGGUGA